GCGUGUUUGGGGCCUUGUAUGUUUGAGCAGGAAGCCCGGACUGUAUAUAAGGGUUGGCGGUACGGCAGGGAGGUACCGACACCAGGCACCGACUCCUGACGACUAGUACCGAGCGAAGAAGAAGCAGAAAAACUCCUGGCAAGAUGAUCCUGGCACUCGCACUCGUCUGUCUUGUACCACUCUGCUCCGCUGAAACAUGGGGCGCACCGGUCAACUUUGACAACAUGUGCAGACGGGAGACCGUGUGUUUCCUGGACUGCCCGUUCGGCCGGGCUUCAGACGAGCGAGGCUGUGAGAUCUGUGCCUGCCGAAUGCCUGACUUCAGCGACUUCGGCAUGGACAUGGCAGGGUCCCAUGCUGAAUCCCAUGUCCCCGAAUUCGUCCCACAGCUUGUCCCCUUCUCUAACGGUCUUCCUUUCCUAGCUCCCAUCCCCGAGGCCGUGCCCAUGCUCCAGCCCGUGCCCCACCAGCUCGAACCCAUCCCCCAACUUAUCCCUGCCUCCCCCGAACUUAUCCCAGCAGGCGACGCCCCCCAGCUCGUCCCUGCCCUGGAGCCCGCGCCGCAGCUGCAGCCUGCACCGCUGCUGGUGCCCGCCAGGAGGAGCAUUCCCAGCCGUUUCCUCAAAACAGGAAACAAGGCCUAAACAUCUGCUGGAACCGAGUUGACGAUCACCCUCACCCCACCCCAACAAGAGCUGCAACGUCACCUGCAAUAGGAAGAUCUAGUGUGAAAAAUCUGACGAACGCUGGGACAAAACUGUCCACUUAGAACGAGACAAUAAACGUAAAAGCAUACA